AUGGCUGUGUACUCGUUCCCUCCUUUGCGUGGCACUCCCGCCAUCCAGCCCACCAGGCCCCCUCCUUCGCCCCCUGUCACCCGGUCCAAACAUGGUAUCCUUAAACCCAUUCCCAAAUACAACCUCCAUGCUGAAGGACCUCGCAAAUCUCCCUUGCCGAAAAAUCCUAAACAAGCAUUAAAUGAUCCUAAUUGGAAUGCGGCCAUGCGAGAUGAAUUUGGUGCUCUCAUUAAAACAGGGACAUGGGAUUUGGUGCCUAGGCCUACGGGGGUGAAUAUUGUUAAUUGUAUGUGGCUGUUCAAACAUAAGUUUAAAUCUAAUGGUGACCUUGAAAGGCACAAAGCUCGGCUUGUUUGUGAUGACAGGUCUCAGGAGGUUGGUGUUGAUUGUGAUGAAACUUUUAGCCCUGUUGUCAAACCACAGACGAUUCGUAGUGUCUUAAGUCUAGCUAUGGCUCGCAAGUGGUCUAUUCAUCAACUUGAUGUUAAACAAUACCUUCCUUCAUGGUGA